UUUGUAAGAUUCUUUUGUCAGUAUUAUGGCAACAUAGUUUCGCUCUUCUUGGGCGAUACAGUAGGAACGUAAUAAAUCGGUGUCUCCAAGGAAAUAAUAUCGAUGUUUCAAUAAAUAUACACUGAAUUCCAAAGUGAUGAAAAAUAUUCGGUGCUGCGCCUGGAUCAGGACACCGAGUUAUAACGGGUUCCAUACGAUAUAAAGGAAAAGAUGAUGACAAUCGGCAAGUAUACUUGUGAAAUCUGCUGUGGCCAUGGAUGUUAAAGACCUACAAAGCGAGGCCACUCUUGGGGAACGAAACAACGAUGGCAGUAAGUACGCGUCAAGUGGUAUCUCACUCCCAUACAGCAGAAAUAAAUCUUACCAGGAUGUCAACUCGCUUUCGUUGGGUAAAGUGGACGCACCGCCUGCGCGACCUUGCGCCGUCAUAGGCCCUGAUCGUGUGUUGCCGCCGCCAGUUUCCAGCGACACGAUAAAAAAAAGUGCCUUUGAAUCAUGGUGCGCGGACAACGUGUAUCGACAUCCUCCUGAGUAUCCCCACAAAAUGACUAAUUAUAACACACCAAUAAGAAAUAUAUCUCCAAGACAAACAUUUCAGGAAAACAUGCAACGUAUCAUGGUACCACCUACAUACAACUCUUUGAAAGCCAAUGAAGAAUAUUCUCCAAUGGAUAAAAAUGUUUCUAUGACCAAAAAUAUUAAACCAAACAUUCCUAUUGAAACCAAAUAUUGUGAAGUGCCUUAUUCAGGUAAUCCUGUAAUUCAUGAACAAAAAAGUGUUAGAAAUACUGAACUAAGUGCAUCAAAUGUGAAUCCAGUGCUUACUCGCAGUGCUCCCCAAGGCUGGCCAUCACAUUUGAGGCAGUCUAGGCCUUAUGGUGCUCCUGAACUUUAUCAGUAUCCUGAUUAUACCAAUUGUGCUGGUCCCAGACCAGUACCAAUGACUAGACCACAUCGGACUGCACAUGAAGAUCUAAGUCAUGGAUAUGUUGACCCCUACUGUCAUGAUGUUCGCUUCAAACCAUACACAACUGUUAAGGACAGGUAUCCACAAGCAAGGUAUGAGUUUAUUAGUAACUAUCCAAGCCCAUUCCAUCCACCCUCUGCAUAUCCACCACAUAAGUAUGACAUGCAGAAGUCUAUUCCACAACCUUAUACCUAUCAACAAGUUCCUCUUAAAUAUUUGGAUAAUAGAAUACCAGAGCCUGUUAUGGAUGGGUAUCAAAGACCUCCCCAACAAAGUAAUUACAACUUGCCAUUUCAUAAUCAAAUGAUACAUCCUGCAUACGGGCCGAUUGUUGGGAAUUGCAUUCAAAAUAAAUACACAUGCCCACCAGAAGGCUCUGUGAAACCUGUAGCUCCAAACAAACAACCUUAUGAGACCAAUAAAAUGUAUGCAGAAUAUGAAAAAGCACGAUCUCAAGCUUUUCCUGUUUCUGAAAACUACUAUUUUAAUGAAAUGCAAAGACCCCCUCCCCAUAUAAAAAAUCAAGUUAUGCCUAACUAUGCUAUAAAUAUGCACAGGUUUCCCCCUCACACUUAUUACACAAAAGAUAAUGCAUCUUUAAAAAAUUAUGAAUAUAUGUCCCAUUUUCGAAAUAUGGAUCCCUCCAUGUUAUCACAAUCAAGGAUUCCUUCUCAGUUUUCACCAAAUGGAAUAACAAUAUCACCAUCAGACCCAAAUAUAAAUUUGGAUAAUCCACAUAUACAAGGUAACUCACCAGAAGAUUAUGGAUAUGUAAGCCAGUCCCCCACUGGUAGUAUAAGAAAUACAGACUACACAAUUAACAGAUCAACAAAUGAGUUUUAUAGAAGAUAUGACUCAAGGUAUGGCCACGGUAUUAGACCACCUACAAUGAUGGCUAAGCAUGAGCAAAAUCUUAGUGAACAUUCGAAAGAUAAGAAAGAUAUUGACGUCAGACAAUUUUUACAAAUGUGGAAUGAAGUUGAUGACGAAAAUAGUGAAAGUGCUAGCAAGGAGCCUAUUACUCAAUUUUCAACUGAUGUUAACAAACCCACAAGUCAAUAUGAAACUGUUAAAAACCAAGAUCAGCUUUAUGUUCUCGGUUUAGUAAAUGUACCAAGUGAAGAACUUGGUAAAUAUGAACACAUACAAAAGGUGUCAAAAUUACCAGAGAAUAUAAAGGGUUACAAUAGUAUUGAAUUGCUUAAUCAGUUUGAAGAAGCAAUUGAAUCAUCAAAUGUAAACAAUUUCAAGACCAAAUCAUCUACUCCUAAUGAUAUAGCAUACCAGAUGACAAUGAAAAACUCAAGCUCACAUCUAUCUUUGUUACCACGUCCCGUAUCACCAUUAGAUGUUGAAGCCAAAAUAAGUCAGUCUGUUAUUCAUAAAGAAGUUGGAUGUAAUUUUGAAAUUAAACCAUGCAGUCCUAAAAUGUUAAAUGUUGAAGCAGCUACACCUAUACAAAAUCUCUUAGGUGAAAGGGUUAUAGAAAAAGUUUCAAAUCCACUGAUUAUUACUUCACCUAUGAUGCAUUCAGAGGAUAAAUCAGAUUAUAAUGUCUUAAAUCAUCAAGAACAAAGAAAGUCUUCAAAUGAAAGUGUAAAAAAUACUAGCUGCAAAAUGAUUAAUACUCAAUUCAAUAGUGAUAAUGACACAGCAAGAUCUAAUUAUAGCCUUCAAGACUUGGAAAGUAAUUCCGGCAUCUGUUUAGCUUCAUUGCCAAGGCUUGAUAAUGAUAUUGAAUUAAAUUUUCCAGAAGUUAACCAACAAUUUAUCAAUGCAAAUAAAGUAGAAUCUGUUAUUACGGCCACAAAAGAUUUACCAUCAUUAAGUCUAGAAAAUAUUGAUAAUAUCAAUUCAACAGAAUCGGACAAUAAUAUUUGUCAAAAACUGAAUGAAUUACCAUCAGUUAAUGAUACCGAAAAAGAAUUUUCCAAAUUGAGUAGAUAUAGAAAGAUAAAAAAAAUUGGACAUGAACCAGUAGAAACAGAAAUGUCAUUUUCUUCAACACAAAAUAUGAGAACUGAUAGUGUGAUAAUAAAAAAUCCAGAUAAUCCCAAAAUAUUUGAACAAAAUAAAGAAAUUCUCACUGUAGAGUCGUCGUUAGUACGUGGCAAAGACUUACCAGAUAAUGAACAUUUUAAUGAUAAAGUGGACACUAAUAAAGAACAUUCAAAUAAAUUAAAUAGUGCUGAACUUGACGACCAUACAGAUAUUGCAAUUGAUUUCAGUUUAAACAAGAGUGACAAUAAUCCAUCCGGCACAAUUGAAUUUAUUGAAAAUGGUACCAAGUUGGAUUCUUCAAAAAUAAAUAGUUUCACAAAGCAUUCCGAAAUAUCACAAACUACUGAAUUGCUAAGAGAUCACAAAACUGAAAAUCAAACAAAAAUAAAAACACUUCCCAAUGCAGAACCCUUAUUGAAUGACAAAUAUGAUUUAGAAAAACAAAAUUGCAGUUCAGAUAAAAAAGAAAACGAAUAUUCACAAAUAGAGACAAAAUUAGAAUUGAAUGAAUUCGAUACAUGUAAAAAUAUCGAUGAUAAAAUGUCAUUAGGAAGAGAUUCAAAAGAAAUAGACAAAAGCGAUGUGAAUAUAUUUUGUGAACUAAAAUCACAACAAGGAAUUACUCUAACAACACACGAAGAAAAUGAAAAUGAGUCCGAAAAAAAUAAUUUAACUUCUGUCACGUUGUCAGUAAAUGAUUUUGUAAAUGAAAAAGAAAGUAAAGAAAUUAAUGUUGAUACUAUCUCUCAAAUUAUAGACAGUAAUCCCGAUAUUCAAUUUGAUGAAAAAAGUAAUUUAGAUUUUUCUGAUUUAUGCGUAGAAAAUGCUAUAUCUUCACCUAUUGUACAGUGUGCAUCAGAUGCCGAAAAAGACAAUAAGGAAGAAAUCGAGUCACAAGAAAGCGAUGGAGUAAACAUAGAUGCAACCUUUGCAAAUCGAACUGACUCACGUCAUUCAAACAGAGAUAACGAAAUUAUCUCCACGCAGAAUUACCCCAACGACCAGGAUCAGCCGAAUUUACAGAACACUCAGAAUGGUGAAACAGAUAGUAAACACGAUUUAUUUCCGAAAGAUGGUAAUGAAUAUAAUACUGAUGCUACUUUAAAAAAUGAAACUGAUUUUGUAAAGGAAACAUUAGAUAUGACGAUAUGCUGCAAAGAAGAAAAUAAUUCAAUUGAGGUUGAAGAUAUUUAUAUGCAACAAGACGCGCAGAAAGAAAGUGAUAUUAAGGAUAAUUAUUUCCUGGAAGGUGAAGAUAAUUCAGAUAUUCCAUUUAGGACCAAAACUGUAACACAGGAUAAAUUAGCUUCAAACCUGGGCUGUUGUGAAUAUUUUAACAGUAGUAUAGGAAAAAAAGAUAUUGUGACUCUACAGUCAAAAAUAACGUUGGAAUUACAAGAUUACCUGUUAAACAAAUCAUUUGAAAGCGAAAGUAAAAAUCAACAGGUAGUAUCAAAUAAUAAACAAACACAUACAAAAAAUAACUUGGAAGAGUCUUAUGGAAAGAAUGAUAAUAUAUUGUCUAAAAUUAACAUAGAAUUAAAAGACAUGACUCAAGAUUCGUCGAGUUCAAUUGAACUCAUAAAAAAUGAAGAUAAAGAAUCUGAUAUUAUAUGCCGGGAUAAUUCUUUAUCAGAAUCUCAAUCUCAGUCAAUGUUGGAAAAUUCACAUAUUAACUAUGCCCAAAAAAAUGUAAGAAAAAAUAUUAAUCCCUUAUCAAAUACUGACAAAGAUUUUAAUGUGCCAUUAUCAUUUGAAACUUCACAUAAAAUUAAUUAUAAGGAUUCCGAUACAUCUUCAGAACCUUAUAUGAAUGAAGUAAAUGAUAAAAAUGACUAUCCAGACAAACGUGGUGAUAAUGAUAAUUCUAAUACCAAUAUCUUAAAUAAUAGGCUACUUAAUCAUAAUGUUGCCGCUGAAACAAGGAUAGCUACUAUAGAAAAUAAUGCAGUCGGAAAAACCAAAAUAGAUGAUAAACCAGAUGAAUAUUUAGAAUACACUAGUGAUGAAAUCGAAUGUGAAAAUAAUGUGUUUUGCAAAAGAAGCUUUAGGUCCUGUCAACUUAAAAAAGAACUAUUUUCACCUUUUAUACAAAAAUUAAUAUUACACAAUGUGGGAUCUAUAAAUGCCCAGACUAUGGAAAAUAAUAUCAAUGAAGAAGGGAGUCCAGAAAAUGAUUAUUCUUGUCUGGAUAGUCUAAAAAUUAAUACUGAAUCAUCUAAUGGGAAAACAUUUCAAGAAGUUGAUACUUUCAAAAGGGUUCAAAUUAUGUUAUGUGAUGUAGUUUGCGAAAGUAUUGAAGAAGAUACGAAGAACCAGUCUAUGGGAAGUAAUGAUUUUGUUUUAGAAAACGGAGCAAAAAAUAUCGAAAAUUCAGGUUUAUUUCCCGAUAGAAAUCUCACAGUGCAAAUAUCUGCUUCACAAACCUGUACAGACUUAUCUACUGAAAUAGGUCCAACAGAGAGUAUACAUAUGACAGAAAAAUCUUCAGCUGAAUGCAUACAUGUCGAAGAUGCGAGAAACAGAUCCAUUGCUGCUGAACAGCCAGAAAAUAUAGAAUUUUCUCUUAGUUCUUCAUUGCUGGUGUCGCCUGACAAAACAUUUGAUGAUAAUGUCACUACAGUGUCCGAAAAGGACAAUUUGAGUAAUAAAGAAGAUGGUUUUCAUGCUGAUGUUAGAGACUCGGACGAAAACGAAGAAGGCGUUGAAAAGAUGUUAACAUUGAUAAAUGAGGGAAUUAUAACUAAUAGCGAUGUUAAUACUGAAUGUUCUUUGAAUGUAGUAACUUUAGAAGACUCUUCUGAUAAAUAUGUGAUGAAAAAUAAACAUAAUCAGGAUACUAAUCGACCUUGUCUGAAAAGAUCGUUAUCUGAUUCUGCUUUAGACUCAUUUAAUGAUAGUAGUGAUGCUUUUUAUUCGGGUUGGAGAUCAAAACGCCCGAAAAAUAAAAUUUGUAAUGUCUUAGAACCUGACGUAAUGUUUGAUUCAAAUGUCCAAAAUAACAGGCGUAAGUCUAUAUCUUCUAUUUAUAAUGAACAAAAUGUAUCCUUUUGUAUCCUCAUUGAUAAUAAUUGUAUUAUUACUGAAGAAGAAGAAACUGAAGAUCAGGAUGAAAUUUGUUUUACCAAUGUUUCUGAAGCAUGCCUAACAGAUUUACAGGAGUCUGUUAACGAAUACGAUACCAGAUUAACUCCGACCUCACAUUCACAAGAACCUUUAGAGGAAUUUAAUCGUGACUAUACUGAAACACAGGAAGUCGAAGAAUCUUGGAUAGAUGAUGUUGGGUGUAUGGAAACAAUAGUUAGUGACGAUGUGGCAGAAGAUAUAACAAUUAGUGCAUCAUCUUCACCAGAGAGAAUGAAUUCUCUGGAAAACGAUGAAUCGGAAAUUUUUAUAAACAGCGACCACACAGACAAAGUAAAGCAUAUAUAUGGCUCUAAACUGUGUAACGAUGACGUAAUGUUCCUAGAAACAUUGUAUAGGACACCGCAAAUGGAUGUAAAUAAGAUUAUAAUAAAUAGAGAGUCUCAAGUAUCUGAAGAAUAUGUCCAAUAUUAUAACAAAGAUUCAUUAGAGAAAGUUUUAUCGGAACCUAAUGGUCAUGAAGAUCUUCAUUCAAAUAUGGAAAUGGAACCAUCUGAUGUGAAUUCUCUGAAUCCGUUAGAUGAAAUACGUGAUAAAAAUAUACAACAGGAAGAAAAUGUCGAUAAAGAUGUUUUACUUAUUGAAAAGUCUCCUCCUAUAUAUGAUACUUAUAAUGACAAUGAGAGUAAUGAUUUUACAAAUAAUGAAAGUUUAUUCACUUCAGUAGAUAAAACCCAAGAUGACUCAGUUCAUUCCUGUGAAUCUAGCAUAGAUAACGUGUCCUCAUAUAGCCAAAACGAUGAAUAUAUAUCUUAUACCAGUUCUACUUCGCCAGAAGUAUCUUCUACAACAUCAGAAGAAAGAAAUUCGGGUAUAUUGUUAAAAAUUACAAAUUAUAAGGGUUCAAGAGUAUCACAAAUAAACGACACUCAACAAGAAACAAAAAGCAUUAGCUGCAAAUUUACCGAAUUAAAUGAUUAUUCAAGCAGUCAAAACUUUAAAACAAACCGACCUUUAAUUACGAAAGCUGCUCAAAAAUACAUUCCUCCUUUAGAAGAAACGUUAGGUGAUCUAAAAAUUCGGCUCCCUUUACCUCAGCAUAGUUUACUUAGACUAAAACAACUAAAGUUAUUAAAAAACGAACCAAAGCCUAACAAAUGUAACAUUAAGUCAAAACCAGAUAUCCCAAAGAAACCUAAGCCAAAGUUCGAAGAUGUUCUUAAAAGUAUAGACGAAAUUCAAUUUAAAAUGCAUAUGGAAAAAAGUAAAAAAUCAAAGAAAACUAUUCCUAAAGUAGUUAUUAAGAAAAAUGAAAAUGGCUCGCACUAUGCCAGCACGACGAAUAUAAAGCCAUUUAAUCCUGAUUUAACAGGUAGAAAGUGGCAGCCUUGGGUCUUUCUUGAGAAAAACCAUUUUAUAGAUAAAAUGGCACUAAAAAAUAAAAGAAAGGCUAUUUUUAAUCAUAGGAAAAAUACAUACGUAUUAGCUGAUAAAUUUCGGAAAUAUAAAUCUAUCGGAAACGCGAAAUUUGUUAUAUCUCAACCAAAUAUGCAUAGUUCCGCCAUUGGGCAUUUAAAAUGCACAAUAAGGUUGAAACAUACUUAUUGAAGCCAAGUGUUUGGAGCGAAAUUAAUCGCUGUAUCAUACUACAUUUUGAGCCAUAUUGGUUUCAUAUUCAACUUAUAAAUGAAUCCCACCCUUUAUUGGUCUCGUAAAACAUUCCUUCGAUUCCAUGUUAUGUUUAUUUAUUAAGUAGUUACCCAUGUUAGUUCACUAUCUAGUUUUAAUUAUAGAAUAAAGCCAAAUUCUUUACUAAGUGUGAUAUUGAUUAACAAAGACAAACCUACAUUAGAUAAAAUUCCUAUCGUAAGAGUAAGGUGUAAACAAAUCAAAUAUUUUUCAGGCAUUAGAAAAGGACAAACUCUGCCGAUAAUUUGGAUUAAUGCUUACAUUAAAAUGACAUAUUUACAGUCCACCUAUCCUAUUUAGUUGACUAUAGAGAUGUAGGUAUCGGUCUUUGUUGACCUUCGAUGAUUUGUUUACAUUUUAGAUCAUAUCAAAGGAGAUAAUAUAUUAAUUUCAUUGUUUGACAGUGAAAAUUGAUCUGAUUUCUAUUUUGUUAUCGUGUUAUCAAAGUUUAUAAUUUUAUUAUUGUUAGCCUUUACUGUCAUUCCAUUUUGAAUAGUGUGUACAUUUUGAAUCGCGAUUUUGUACUAUCAUCAACUGCACCUUUUGCACUUGGAUAGCCAUAAAGAGUAUUAUUGAACUUUCAUGUUAAUAAUAUUGAUAUUUUAAUAUUAAGGUAAUUUUGUUGGUAUAUUAUAGGUAUAUAGUUAAUUUUAUUGGUAGAAGUAGUAUGUAAAUGGUGAGUACUGUACUGACUGGAAACAUAUUUCACCAUUUGGUUCUUUCUAAAAAUUCAUUUUGUGAAUUUAUACUUUGUAAAUAAUUACAGUUAUAAUUUGUUUCCACAUGAGGAUUACAUGUUUUUUUUUGUAUAUAAUAGUGAAUGUUAUGUCUAAAUGAUCGUUAUUAUGACCGUUUGUUGACGGUCAAUGAUUGCUCACGUAAAUUAUAAGCACAGAUUUGUCUAUAUAUAUAGUUAUUGAAUGAUGUGUGUUAUAAAUGUACUAUUUAAAAUAAAGUACAAAGCCUGCACAGUAAGUAUGCCUCCACAUAUUGAUCAUAUUCUAAAUCUGAUUGAUUUUGCACCUAUAUCAGUUUGUGGAGGUCCUUAAUUAGUUGUCCAUAAUAAGUAUGUGUUUGCGAGAGAAUCCAAUGUACGCUUGUUGUUGUUAAAAAAGUUUAUUUGUUGCGCAGAAAUGGUAUAAGUAUAUACUAUGUGGGGUAAUAAAAUUAAAGCGUGAAAUAGCCUAAGCCAAUACUAAAAAGUAAUGACUUUACCGACAAAAACAUACCGAAUGCCGCGGAGGAGAAGAUUUUCAUGAAACCGCACUUGGUUUUAUUUAAAUCGUCUUCACAUAUUUUUUAAACUUCUUAUAAUUUGUAUUAGUAGCAAGUAUUGACUUUGUUUCAAAACCUUUUUGAAUUGAAACGGUUUUGAAAAGUUAUUUAUUGUUACACGACCAGAUUUCUGCUAUAAUUUUUUGUAUAUAAUAUUCCUAUACCUAUUGAAUUGAAUAGUAUGUAUGAAAAUUCAAAUUUCCUCCAGGUACCCGUAUUUGUAUCAUUCCUUUCCUUGAAAUUUCUUCUUUUUCUUUGCCUUUUAAUAACAAUAAAUAUUGUGUAUUGCAAUGGACUGUUAAAAGGUCACUUUAACAUUACCUCCUGGAAAAAAUAAAAUAAAAAGUCAAAAUGCUGAAAGUUAUGGAUUCAAAAAUAAAUACUAAUUACAUGAUCGUUUUUAAAUUUAUUAAAUUAGUAAAUGUCAUGAAAUGUGAAGUGUUUCCACUUUCCAUGGAUGGAAACAAUUUAUAUUGAAUAAAAGACAUUAUCUUUGUUUCGCUAAUUUGUAAAGCAACAUUGAUCUCAUUACAAAAACGUUCGCCAUUUUUAAUAUUUUUGCCUGAUUGUGCCUAAAUUAUGGUAAUAAUAAUUACACUAUUUUUAUAUCGUGUACAGGGUGUUGAUAAAUAUACCAAAUAAUAAAUAAAUGCUUUUAAGUCCUAUAUACAAGAUUUGCAAUGUUGCCUUCAUAAUAUAACGGUAGUGGCUGCAGUAAAUAGUAUAUAAGACGAUGUUAUUGCGUGUUGAACUAUAUUGAACUGUUUAUUUAUUGUAUGUUUUACUGUACUAUAUUGUGGAAAGAGUUUGCUAAAAAUUAAGUUUAGGAUUGUUUGAUAUAUGUACAAAGGUAAAAGGGACAUUGAUUAUUUGUUCAAUGCGUUUAACUUAGAAAUAUAGUUAAGCAUAUAAUAUUGGAUGGCAUAACAUUUAGUUAAAAAAUAAUAUGUAACUGGAAGGAUAAGUGACUGAUAUUCUGUAACAUUAUUUAUUUACAUUUUUAAUAUGUAUUUUUUCUUUGUAUAUUUGUUUUGCACUAUUGAGUGGACUGUUGAAUUUUUAUGUUUCGUGCACUUUGUUGGCCAUUGUUUAAAUUUCGAUUAGGUGAUAAUUUAUUGUGGUUAAAACACUGUUUUUCAGGGAUAUGGAAUUUGUUAUUAGUAAUUCUAGUAUUUAGAUAUUUGCUUUAUCGUUUCGAUUUAAUGCAUAUCUUAUGCCAGUACGCACGUGAUAGUGUUUCGUGAUAGAUUUAAUAUCAAACUGUAAUUUUCAGUGGUUUACUAAUCAGUGCUAUGGUAAACUCUAAAGUGAGAGUAUAAUUUUUGAGUGUACAAGUUUUGAGGAUUGUUUUAAGAUUGACCAAAUAAAUGUGUUCUAAAUAAAAA